CCCCAGCCUCAGACAGACACAGCAGGAAGGGGCCUGAGAGGCUGACAGAGGCAGGAUGGGUGCAAGGCAGGGGUGGAAGGGAGGGACCAGCCCGGGCUGCACCAGUGGGAGUGGCUCCACCCUUCCCACCUCAGAGCCAUGGGGAGCCAGGGCUCUGGCGGGAUGCCCUUGGUGCAGGUUCCCUACACAGUCCUGCUGCUGCCGCUGGGAACAAGCCGCCAAGACCCGGGGGCCCAGAGCUUCUUCCUUUGGCUGCGGAGGAUGCAGGCUCUGGAGAGAGAACAGGAUGCCCUGUGGCAGGGGCUGGAGCUGCUACAGCAUGGCCAGGCCUGGUUUGAAGACCGUCUGAAGGAGGCACAGCAACAGCAGCUGCAUCUAGGGGCCCUUGGUGAGAAUUUUCUAACAGAUUUACACUCAGAGCCUGGUGGCCCUCCGUUAGCCCAGAUUCAAAAGGUGAACAUCUGUUUGCAGAAUCUGAUUCAUGAGAAGUUCUCCCCAAGUCCACUGAACAAGGCUAGUUCCUGCACCACCCAGGAUUCAAAGGAAAGACGAAGGAAGCAGAACUUGUGGCGGCAACAGGAGUUGUCAAGGCAGCAGAAAGGAGUCACCCAGCCAAAGGAGGAGAUGGCUCAGCGGGGCUGCACCAGCAGGCCAAGAGGCCCUACCCGUGUCUAAACCCUCCUCUCACUCCCUUAAGCCUGGUGAAACAGAAGCCCCAGGCUCCCUUUUCUGUUUCUUAACUCAACAGCUAAAAAAUGGCUCCAGGUAGUGAGUCAAUGAAGUUCAGACAUCUUGGUGUAAUGUUUCUCCUCUGCUCCUGAAAACUUCACCUUCUUGGUGUCUCACGUCCUCAUUCUCCCCUAUAUGACGUGCAAAAAUGAUCUUUCUUUGAAAUCCCUCUGGGGAGAAGACAUGUUUAUUGAAACUGUCCUUCAGCCUUAAAUACAAAAAUAAAACCAAAGCUGCUCCAGAAAGCAACUUUCUCCAAAAA